AUGGUCGGUGACUUCCAAGUCAUCGUCCAAGGAUAUCACGAAAGGGCUCAGGUGGCCAAACAAAUAGCCGACGAUGGCCGUUGGAUGGAGUCAGCUGAGCAACUGCGGCAGUUGAUGGCUGAUGUGAGAAGUUCCAAGAUCAUGUUGAACAACAAGGACGAGCAGGACGGAAAAAAUGUGAGUUGUUCAUAUCAAUCAGUUCGAAAACGAUAGCUCGUCUUUCAGGCAUUUCUGAAAGCGCUUGAAAGCAAUCUGAAGAUGGUGCAACAGAAUGCGAGAGAUGAAGAAGAUCUUCUGGAGCAGAUGAACAGACAAAGCGGCAGCCCGGAGCCGCCCGCAGAUCCCGAUGUCUGGUCGAAGCCUUCCCCUCCUCUACAAUCAUUGAAAUAUCCAAAACGCGGGGGAAAUGUGUCACGACAGCCACGAGAGAUCUCAAAGUCCACGUCAUCAAUGAGCAGCACAGCACAUACAGCCAAUCCGACGGAUUCGAAGCCAGCCAAUUCAUCACAAGGAAUCCUUCCUCCGAACAGUGCCGGAGAGACAUUCGAUGCAUCUCUAUAUGAUACGGUAACAUUUCUUUUUGUAGAACUCCAUUGAAAAAUUAUUUUCAGUAUAUUGUUCAAGCGGUUCGAGGCACGAUGGCAAUGCACACAGAGAAUACAAUGUCUCUGGAUGACAUCAUCGGAAUGCACGACGUCAAGCAAGUGCUGCAUGAAGCCGUAACGCUCCCGCUGCUCGUUCCCGAGUUCUUCCAAGGCCUCCGUUCUCCGUGGAAGGCCAUGUGUCUAGCGGGUCCUCCGGGAACGGGCAAGACCCUCAUAGCACGUGCAAUCGCUUCUGAAUCCAGCUCCACGUUCUUCACCGUCUCUUCUACUGACUUGUCCAGCAAAUGGCGUGGAGACUCGGAAAAGAUCGUUCGUCUUCUGUUCGAACUCGCCCGUUUCUAUGCUCCAUCGAUCAUUUUCAUCGAUGAAAUUGACACUCUGGGAGGACAGAGAGGAAAUUCAGGAGAGCACGAAGCGAGUCGAAGGGUCAAAUCGGAGUUUCUGGUUCAGAUGGACGGAGCUCAGCACAAAUUCGACGAGAGAAGAGUAUUUGUGCUGGCAGCUACGAACAUCCCGUGGCAACUCGAUGAAGCUCUCCGUCGCAGGUUCGAGAAGCGCAUCUUCGUGCCGUUGCCGGAUCUCGACGCCCGGAAGAAGCUGAUGGUGACGUCAAUGGAAGGAACGCCAGUUUCGGAGGAAAUCAAUUACGAUGAGUUGGCCGCCAAAAUCGAAGGAUUCUCCGGAGCCGACGUCGUUUCUCUAUGCCGGACUGCCGCCUACAAUGUGCUCAGAAGGUAACAAUAAGCAGAAGUGCAAGUUCGUGCUUAAUCCUCCAGAGGUCUCAGGUAUAAUACGAAAACGUUGCGAGGCGGAGAACUGACUGCGGCGAUGGAGUCUCUGAAGACGGAGCCCGUCCGCAAUUGUGACUUCGAAGCCGCCCUGCAGUCCGUUUCGCCGAGUGUCGACCAGGACACGAUGCUCAAGUGCAAGGAGUGGUGCGAAUCGUUCGGUGCCAUGUGA